GUUGGAAAUCACUGAUUGUGCACGCCACUGAUCUACGUAUCUAGAAAUAAUUAACAACAUCGAUAUAAAAUUAUCAAAUAUAUGCUCUAUUUAUAUCGUUCGGAAAACUUUGAGCGAGACAGUGAUGCGACAUCUCUUUCGCCGCGCGGUGCUCUGAGACGAUGUUAUAUUUUUUUAAUUAAUUCUUUAAAAUAAUUAAUUAUUAAUUAAGUACUUAAAUGAUAUUAAAUUUGUGAUACUAUAAGUGAAUAAUACAUGCAAAUGAAUAAAAUUACUUGACAAUAAUACAUGCUUCAGUUAAUUUUUUUUUGUGAUUUUGAUUUGAAUUGAGUGCUGAACUUUUGAAGGAAAGAUGGUUGCCAAAAGCUGUAUGACUUUCGAGGAAGCUCUGGACUUGACUGGUUUCGGCAAGUUCAACUUCCUGGCGAUGCUGGUGAACAUGACCCUGAUCACUGGCAUGGCGUUCGAGAUCAUGUCGGUGGCGUACCUGGUGCCGGCCAGCGCCUGCGAGCUCGACACCACCGUGUUCCAGCAGGGACUCAUGGCUGGGAUGCCGCUGUUGGGUAUUAUUGCUACUUCACAUUUCUGGGGCUAUUUGGCGGAUACACGAGGGCGGAGGAAGAUUCUAUCGCUGUGUAUGGUGCUCGCCUUCGUAACUGGCGGCGCGACCGCGCUGUCUCCAAACUGGAUAGUGUUUAGCGUUUUGAAGUUCCUGUCAUCUAGCGCGGUAGCAGGAACAUAUGCAUUGGCAGUGACACUGUUAAGUGAAUGUACGCCUCAAAGCAAAAGAUCUGUUUUGGUGGCCUUAACGUCUACCAUAUAUCUAACUUCUACGGGUGUAAUGGCAGUAUUAAGCAUCCCUAUCUUACAACUAAGUUUUGCAUAUGAUAUCCCUUUCUUGGGUAUUUCGUUUACUCCGUGGCGCCUCUUAAACAUUAUAUUUUCACUCGCGUGUGCCGUGGGAGCAAUUGGAGUAUAUCUGUCCUAUGAGAGUCCAAGAUACUUGCUCAGAGUAGGUGAUGAGGAUAAGGCUUUGGAAGUCCUGAAAGGCUUCUUUGUGAUCAAUACUGGAAAAAGCGCUGAUGAGUAUAAUGUGGGCUCAUUAGUAUUAGGCGAGGAAACAGGAAAGAUAACAAAAGGGCUCUGGUCGUCAAUCGUGUCUCAGACUAUCCCACUUCUGAAACCACCUCUGCUGAAGAAUACAAUAAUUUUAUCGAUAUUAUUCAUUAUCGUCUAUGUCGGAUUAAACCCAUUUGUUGUAUGGUUACCCUUCAUAGCUGACGGAGUUAUGAAGUCUAUAGAAAACGGUGACGAUGACCUUACCUUCUGUCAAAUGCUGAACUCUCAUCAGACUGCACAAAAUACUACUGCAGUUGAGGUCAACGACUGCAGCCUAAACAAGUUUGCUAUGGUCACUGUGUUCGUGAUCAGUAUUAUGAUUGCGUCUUUUAACGUUGUACUCAGCAGUAUUAUCAACUAUGUUGGAAGAAAACAGAUGCUUAUGGGCAUACAGUUAGUAGCAGGCGUUGCUGGCAUUUGCGUCGGAGUAUCAGACUCCUGGAUAGCGAGCACUGUAGCAUUGAUCAUUUUCAUCACUGGAAUGCUCAAUUUUGGCAUGCUGUCCACAUUCAGUGUUGAUAUCUUCCCCACAUAUGUAAAGGCAAUGGCAGUGUGCGUCACUCUGAUGUUGGGGCGCGGCAGUUCUGUGAUAGGAAUCAACAUCCUCAAGAACAUGUUGGUAAACGACUGUGAGCUCGCCUUCUACUCCUUCGGCGGUCUUACGUUUGCGGGUGGACUGAUCGCAUUUUUCCUGCCGGGUGAAACAAAGUUCAAAAAGGCGGACCCCUCAGAGUCCUAAUUAAGUAAUCGUUAUCAUCACCAUUAUCAUCGUCCGCCUAUUUUUUAUAGACCACUUCUUGGCACAGACCUUCUAAAUACAUACCGUUACCGUAGCUUAGGAAGUUUGUUCAUAACACUUCAGAUGAUCCGCGCGGGCCGGGACGCGUGUAGUAAAUCACGACUGAUGCACCUCACAUCCCCGCACGCACGAUUUCACACACGCACAGUCUUUCCCCCCGUCUCCCGCAUACCAUGGGAGUGUUAUCAACGAACUUGCCAAGUUAUAGUAGUUAGAUACGGUGACAAUGUUAGACGAGCAAACAAUAAUAACUUCGAAAAGGUACGAAUACCUAUUAUCUUUUGAUAUUACGUCAUGUUGAUUUUUGUUGUUGAUCUCCCGAGGCAGGGGGUCAAUGCUAUUAUCGUGAAGUACAAAUUUUCAGAAUAUAAGUGUGUUUCAGUAUUUUAAGAAAUUAAAUAUCACGUGUCUCAAAACACGUAAUAUUUAAUUUGUUUGACAUUUAUUAUUAUCCUAUAUACCUAAAUUGACAAUAUUGUAAAUUACAAUUUUAGGUAUUCUGAUAUUUCAUAUAUUAUUCAUAUAUUUCAAUCUGGAAGGCGGAAUUUGGUGUUUAUUUCAAUAAGAUCUGACUGUAACCUGAAUUCGCUAUAAAUAUAUUUUGAGUUGUUUUGGUUCCGUAGACCGGUGGUACUGCUAAAUACUAAACACUUCGUUGCGGGAG